AUGGCCGAGGGAGCCGAGGCGGACGGCGGCGCCUUCCUGAGCCUCCCGGCCGGGCAGGACGAGCGCUACGCCGAGCUGCUGGCCGCCGGCUUGCUGCCCUGCGCCCGGGACGGGACGGGCGCCGAGAGGGGGCUCCCGGAGCCAUCCGCCAUCAAGUCAGAGCUCCGUGCGGGCAGCGACAGCCUCUCGGAGGAGGACGAGGAUGCGGACGGCCGCGACGGCAAGCUGAAGGGCGCGGGAGGCAGCCCGGCGGCGAAGAGGAGCGUGGCGCAGAUGAUGAAGGACAAGAAGAAGCAGACGCAGCUCACCCUGCAGUGGCUGGAAGAAAACUACAUUGUCUGUGAAGGAGUUUGUUUACCGAGAUGCAUCCUUUAUGCACAUUAUUUAGACUUCUGCAGAAAAGAGAAGCUAGAACCUGCUUGUGCUGCAACUUUUGGGAAGACCAUUCGCCAGAAAUUCCCUCUCCUUACCACAAGGCGGCUUGGAACAAGAGGCCAUUCAAAGUAUCACUAUUAUGGAAUUGGCAUUAAAGAAAGCAGUGCAUACUACCACUCUGUGUAUUCUGGAAAAGGCUUAACCAGGUUCUCUGGAAGCAAGUUGAAAAAUGAGGGUGGUUUCACUCGGAAAUAUUCUCUGAGUUCCAAAACUGGAACUCUCCUCCCAGAGUUUCCAAGUGCUCAACAUCUUUUGCUUCAAGGGUGCAUUUCUAAAGACAAGGUAGAUACUCUUAUCAUGAUGUACAAAACACACUGUCAGUGUGUCCUUGACAAUGCAAUUAAUGGGAACUUUGAAGAGAUUCAGCAUUUCUUAUUACAUUUUUGGCAAGGAAUGCCUGACCAUCUUCUUCCCCUGCUGGAAAAUCCCAUCAUUGUUGACAUCUUCUGUGUUUGUGACUCAAUUCUGUAUAAGGUCCUUACAGAUGUACUUAUCCCUGCAACAAUGCAAGAAAUGCCAGAAAGUUUACUGGCAGAUAUAAGAAAUUUUGCAAAAAACUGGGAACAGUGGGUUGUUUCUUCUUUGGAAAAUCUACCAGAAAUCCUGACAGAUAAGAAAUUGCCUAUUGCACGAAGAUUUGUUUCUUCCCUGAAACGACAGACAUCAUUCUUACACCUAGCACAGAUUGCUCGGCCAGCCCUGUUUGAUCAGCAUGUGGUGAAUUCCAUGGUGUCAGAUAUUGAAAAAGUUGAUUUGAAUAGUAUUGGCUCUCAGGCACUCCUUGCAGUCUCAGGGAGCACAGAUUCUGAUGGGGAAGUCUACAGUGAAUAUGACUCUAUUACAGUGUUCCAAGAACUGAAGGACCUUCUAAAGAAGAAUGCCACUGUGGAAUCAUUUAUUGAAUGGUUGGAUACUGUGGUUGAGCAAAGGGUUAUCAAGGCAAGCAAGCAAAAUGGGCGGUCAUUAAAGAAGAGGGCUCAAGACUUUCUUCUAAAAUGGAGUUUUUUUGGUGCUCGAGUGAUGCAUAACCUAACUCUAAACAACGCAUCAAGUUUUGGUUCUUUUCAUUUGGUCCGCAUGCUACUAGAUGAGUACAUCCUGCUUGCCAUGGAGACACAGUUCAAUAAUGACAAAGAACAAGAACUCCAGAAUCUACUGGACAAAUACAUGAAGAAUUUAGAUGCAAGCAAAGCCACCUUUACUGCAUCACCCAGCUCUUGCUUCCUAGCAAACCGUAACAAAGCUGCUCCUCCGACUGGUGACACUUCAGUCAAAAAUGAGUGCCUAGCAGAGCAAACCUAUGUGUCCUUGUCAGCUAGCCAGCCCAGCAGUGUACUUUCUGGUCUGAAUCCCUUUGCCACAGGAGACAGUGAAAAUAUGCAGCUGACAGGUCAGAUGGAGCUGUCUGAAAGCACUGGUCACCUGAUGACUCCACCCAUUUCACCUGCCCUGGUCAGCCGAGGAAGUGUUAUCAACCAGGGGCCGAUGGCUGUGAGACCUCCAAGUGUAGGCCCGGUGUUAUCCACACAUUCACAGUGCUCUUCCUACUCAGAACCCCUUUAUCAGACUUUGUCACAAACUAAUCAGAAUUACUAUGGAAACAAUUCCAGCUACCAGGCUAUGUUCAGAACUCAGGCCCAUUCCACGCCGGGAGUUUACCACCACAGAGCAGAGCACAGCCGAUUCAAUGCAUUAAGUGAACAGCAGUUCUCCAGAGACUACUUCAACAACAGUUGUGCAGUAUCUCCAUACAGUGCCAGAUCUCCUUCCAGCUAUGGUCCCUCAUCCAUGCCUCAGGACACUCACAGUAUGCAGUUUCUGAAUACUGGGAGCUUCAAUUUCUUGAGCAACUCAGUGUCUACUUGUCCAGGAGCAACAUAUGCCCCUAAUGCUUCCAACGGAUAUUAUGGAAACAAUAUAAAUUAUCCAGAAUCUCACAGACUUGGAUCAAUGGUUGAUCAACAUGUUUCUGUAAUCAGCAGUGUAAGUAGCAUUCGAUCAUUGCCAUCAUACAAUGAUAUACAUGACCCACUGAAUAUCUUGGAUGACAGCGGAAGAAAACAAACAGGCUCAUACUACACAGAGUCCCCACCUUCUAUUGUCUGUCGGACUCCUAUGCCUUCAAACAUGCAAACCACAUCUUCUUCCCAGUGUAUGUAUGGAACAUCUGGUCAGUUCCCUCCUCAGGAAAAUCUGGAGUCUCAUGGCCCACCAAGCAGAGAGAUGGUAUCAUCUCUACCACCAAUCAACACAGUCUUCAUGGGAGCAGCUGCUGGGGGAACCUGAACUGGGACAGACAUGUCAGUGCCUUAAGCUUACUUUCCAAAUUCAGACAUUAAGGCUAUGAUGACAAUCCUUUCAUGCUGAUGAAUUAGAAAAGUAUUAUAUAUAGGUGUAAAAAGAGCCAUUUUAGAGAUAUUAGCACCCCUCCACAUGGAAAAGAAGCUAUAUUCAGAUUGUGUCCUGCUUGUGAAUCACUCAGGAUUGUUUUCAUUACAGCUUUUAAGUCAGAAAUUCAGGGUGAGCAUAAAGAACCAGUGAUUCUUGAAAGCAAGACUAAGUUGUAAAGAAAUUAUUACAUCUCUUCCUAAUUUAUUAAAAAUGCUAUUUUAGUCUUUCACUUAUAUCUUUUUAUAUAAAAAUGUUUAUUUAAUGCUUGUGUUGCUCAUUAUUUAUUAGGACCACAGAGUAACUGUUUACUUUCUCUUAUUUGACAAAUUGUCAAAUGUAUGUAUCCUACCUCCUAUGGAAAUGUUUACAAGGUCAAUUUUUACUGUUUUAAAUGAAACAGCCAAUUUUUUUUUUUAUUUUUAUUUUUUAACUGUGUUGUGCUUUGGAAAGUCAAUUUCAAAUCUCUAGUGCCUACUUGUGUAUGUGAA